AUGAACAAGUCGUCGAAAUCGUCAUCUAGCUCUAUUCAUAGAGGGAAACAGGAGACCCCGCCGAGGGCCGACCGUGAAGGUGUCUCAGCCGUCUUUGCCCAAUUUGGGCAAUUGCUUCAGGCUUCACGACGACCUCUGCCUACCCAGAACGGCGAUGGGACAUAUACCACCACAGUCCAGAGACCAGGAUUUAGGAAUGAUUUAAAACAUAUCCGUAUGAAAGAUGUGAGGACAAUCGCGGAUCUUGUUCGGAGCAAGCUCAAGGGGGAACAGGUUACCGAUGACAAGACAAUGAUAAUGGAACGCGUUAUCCAACUCGUCGCUGGCCUACCCGAUAAGUCUCGGCUUAGAGAGGAGUUGACCAAUGUCUUCAUAAAUGAACUUUGGUACACGUUGGACCACCCGCCUCUACUGUACAUGGGAGAUAAACAUCAAUACAGGAUGGCGGAUGGAUCGUGGAAUAACCCGACAAACCCUCAACUUGGAGCAGCUGGAUCUACGUAUGCUCGAACUUGUCGCCCUGGCAUUGUACCUCUGGGUGCUUUGCCUGACCCAUCGCUUAUCUUCGAAUCAGUCAUGAAGCGGACCGAAUAUCGCAAGCAUCCGAACAAUGUCUCCUCGAUACUUUGGUACUGGGCGACCAUCAUCAUUCACGACCUCUUCUGGACCGAUCAGACAGACAUAAGCAAAACUAAGACUUCCUCGUUCUUAGAUCUUUCUCCGCUCUAUGGUAGUAACGAAGAAAUGCAAAAGACCAUCCGAACUUUCAAAGAUGGGAUGAUGAAGCCCGAUACUUAUGCCGACAAGCGGCUUCUUGGUUCCCCGCCAGGAGUAAGCGUCCUCUUAAUCAUGUUCAAUCGUUUCCACAACUACGUGGCAGCAAACCUUGCUGCCAUCAAUGAGGGUGGCCGCUUUACGCCACCCGGCCCGGGUCUUAGCAAGGAGAAAGAAAAGGCCGCAUGGGAUAAAUACGACAAUGACCUUUUCCAAACUGCCCGGCUUGUGACUUCCGGAUUAUACAUUAACAUUACCCUCGUGGACUAUGUGAGAAACAUCAUCAAUCUCAACCGAUCCAACACCACGUGGACUCUUGAUCCUCGAGCAGAUAUGGGCCGUGACGCUGGAACUAAUUCAGGGUCUGAGCGUGGUACUGGAAGUAUGGUUUCCGCCGAGUUCAAUCUUUGUUACAGGUGGCAUUCAUGCAUCUCAGCCAAGGACGACCAAUGGGUUCAAGAUUUCUUCCGAGGGAUAUUCAACAAAGAUCCACAGGAGCUGAGUGAUCACGAUAUGUUCAUGGGCUUCGCGAAAUUCGAACGUGGUAUCCCGGAAGACCCUGCUGAGAGAGUAUUCGGCGGCUUCAAGCGUAACGCUAACGGCGCGUUCAAUGACGAUGACCUUGUUAACUGCAUAUGUGAUUCCAUAGAGGAUUGCGCAGGGGCAUUUGGUGGUCGCAAUGUACCCCAGGCAAUGAAGCCAGUCGAGAUAUUGGGUAUCCUCCAAGGUCGGAAGUGGAACGUCGCGGGUCUGAACGAGUUCCGCAAACACUUCGGACUUAAGCCUUACGAGAGAUUCGAAGACAUCAAUUCCGAUCCUGAGAUUUCCGGUUCGCUCCGAAAUCUUUACGAACAUCCGGAUUAUGUUGAGUUAUACCCAGGGAUCGUGGCUGAGGAGGCGAAGGAGCCAAUGGUCCCCGGUGUUGGAAUUGCCCCUACCUACACCAUCUCCCGUGUCAUCCUAUCAGAUGCCGUCUGCCUCACUAGAGGAGAUCGUUUCUACACUACCGAUUAUCACCCGCGUGGCCUCACGUCUUGGGGAUAUAAUGAAGUGGCGUAUGAUCUAAACGUCAACCAGGGCUGCGUGUUCUAUAAGCUGUUCAUCCGAGCUUUCCCUAACUACUUCAGGAGCGACUCAGUCUAUGCUCAUUACCCUAUGGUCGUUCCAAGCGAGACCAAGAUGAUCCUAACCAACCUUGGCCGAGUUCAGAACUUCAAUUACGACCGUCCUUCAUUUAUCCAUCCACAAGUUAACAUCACAACCUACGAGGGCGCCCAAUACAUAUUCGACAACCAAGACAAGUAUAAAGCCAUUUGGAAUGAAGGAUUUUCAUUCCUAAUGGGCGCCGGCCGUAACCCCUCUAAGCUUUCGGAAGACCCCGCCUUUCAGGCUAGACAGUGGGAGAGUAUACAAUAUCAACUAUACAAAGAGGAUUGGAACUCGGACAUCAAGACCUUCUACUCGCAGGUCACUGAUAAGCUGAUCAGAGAGAAAAGUUAUAAGCUGGCCGGGCAAAAUUUCGUUGACAUUGUCCGAGAUGUUGGGAACAUUGGGCCGGUGCAUUUCGCCUCGCGGGUAUUCAAUUUGCCACUCAAGACAGAAGAGAACCCAAGGGGUAUUUAUAGCGAACAAGAACUAUACAUGGUUCUCGCUAUAAUAGUUGUUUGCAUCUCCUUUGAUAUCGACCCUGUCAAAUCAUUCCCGUUACGCCAGGCAGCAAAAGCUGUGGCGGGGCAAUUGAGCAAACUAAUUGAAGCAGAUGUAAAGCUGGUAACGAGUUUCGGUGUUGGUAAUUUGUUCGCUUCAAGGCCAAAGAAGAAUGAUCCGUUGGCAGCGUAUGGUACUAAUUUGAUCAAGGGACUUUCCAAAGCUGGCAUGAGCAAUUACGAUAUCGCAUCGAGUCAAAUCAUGCCGACCGCAGGCGCAUCUGUAACAAGCAUCGCGGAAGUGUUUGCCCAAGCUGUGGACUACUUCUUAUCACCAGAGGGAUCCAAAUACAUCCCUGAGUUGUAUCGCGUCGCGAAUACCCCAUCCACGGAUGAAACAGACGCAUUGAUGCUCGGGUACUGUAUGGAGGGCAUCAGGCUCGCGGGAACUUUCGGUUUAUACCGUGAAGUGGCAGUCGACGAUACGAUCGGGGAGAGCGAUGGCCACCGAGUGCCCGUUAGAUCUGGAAAUCGCGUUUUUGUCAGCUCUAUCGAUGCGGCUAAGGAUGCCAAACAUUUCCCUGACCCCGAGAAAGUGAAUCCGCGUCGUCCAUUGGAUGCUUACAUCCAUUUCGGGUUAGGACCUCACGCUUACUUUGGAGGUAAUGCAAGUCAAGCUGGGUUAACAGAGAUGUUCCGAUCUGUUUUCAAGCUGAAGAAUGUUCGGAGGGCUCCCGGUGCUCAAGGAGAGCUCAAGAAAGUGUCCGCACCUGGCCGUUCCUAUUUGUACAUGAGAGAGGAUAGGGGAGCAUACUUCCCGUUCCCUUGCACGAUGACGAUAUGCUACGAUAACUAA